CCAAAAUUGAUUCUCACACUCUCUCUCGAAACCCUAACCCCCAUUCUCUAUACCACAACACUCUUCCGCUUCUCGUCGCCCGCUCGCCGUAGACUCGCCACGGCGUCGUUUCGGCUUCCGGCGUGUCGCAUUAUCGGCGUUUCUCCGCGUUGUCGGUGAUAGCCGGAAGGAAGAAGGAGGGAGAGUAGGGGUUUUGGCUCUGUGGGACUUGUACGACGGCGUUGGUGAUCGGUCUUUGUUUUGAUCAACAUUCCGGCGUUUUGGCUCGCCGGAGAGGAACGAUUGGGGUAUCGGAGGCUCUGUGGGAAAAGAGGUUUGUUGAGUGAAACUGCGAAGGUUUGAUAUGUCUCACAGAUCAAAGGAAGAAAAGGAUAAGUGGUCUGAUUUCAAGUACUAUGAGGACAAGUAUUAUAAUGAGUUAAAGAAAGGUAGUUACAAAAUAAACAAUUCUGAUUCAACUUACAGAUGUCCGUUUUGCCAUGAGAAAAGGAGGCAAAGUUACCAACUUAGGGAGCUUUCACGACAUGCUUAUUCUAUCGGCAGAGGCUCACAUAGCAGGGGUAUAAAAGAUGAAGCCAAGCACUGGGCUUUGAAGAGUUAUAUAGAUAAAUAUGUUGAUGUGAAGAGUCGGUUAGAAUCUGCAGACAAGAUAGAACGGCCUAGAGAACUUGCACCCAAGGUAGCAGGACUGGAACAAUCUGCAGUCAAGCUAGAAGGGCCUAGAGAACCUGCUCGCAAGAGAGAACGGGAACCUGCACCCAUCAGAGAACUUCCUAUAGAGCCUGCACCAAAGAGAGAACGCCAUUUAGAGCCUGCACCGCAGAGAGAAUCCCCUAUAGAAUCUGCAACCAAGAUUGAAUCCCCUAAACUGAAUGAUGAUAAAUUGUUUGUAUGGCCUGUGGUGGGCGUUUUGGCAAACAUUAAAACUGAGUUCAAAGGUGGGAAACAUGUUGGCGAAAGUGGUUCUAAAAUGAAAGCCGAGUUGACAGCAAAAGGUUUUAACCCUGUGAGGGUUCAUCCGUUAUGGAAUUUUCGGGGUCACUCUGGUUUUGCAAUUGUUGAAUUUGAGAAUAACUGGGAAGGUUUCAACAAUGGAAUGUCCUUUGAGAAAAGUUUUGAAGUUGAGCGCCAUGGAAAAAGGGACUAUAAUCUGAUGAGGAAUAAAGGAGAUCAAUUAUAUGGAUGGGUUGCUCGGGAUGAUGAUUACAAUUCAAGAAGCAUUGUAAGUGAUUAUCUCCGCAAGAAUGGAGAUUUGAAAACUGUUUCUGGUCAGCAAGCUGAGGAACAGAGAAAAACUACAAAGCUUGUAUCCAAUCUUAAAAACACCUUGGAGAUAAAGAAUUCAGAUCUUGAGGAGAUGCAAAACAAAUAUCACAAGACUGCUAAUUCCUUAAACAAGGUAGUGCUUGAAAGGGAUGCGAUACUUAAAGCUUUCAAUGACGAAAGAGAGAAAAGGCAACAAGUGGAAAAAGAACAGCUCAGCAGAAUAUUGAGGGACCAUGAGAAAGCCGCAGAGCAGUUGGAAAAUCAAAAAAAAGAGCUUGAGCGCCGUGAGAAGCAACUGCAACAACGUAGGGCACAAAAUGAUAGCGAGAGGAGGAAACUCCAUCAUGAUAGGCAAAUGAAUGCAAGGGCUACCCUGGAACAGAAAAAAGCUGAUGAAAAUAUGUUACGGUUGGCGGAAGAACAAAAGAAACAAAAGGAGGAACUUCGUAAAAAAGUCAUUCAAUUGGAAAAGGAGCUGGAAAAAAAACAAGCACUGGAGCUGGAAAUAGAGCAGAUGAGAGGUGCUCUAAAGACGAUGAAACACAUGGAUGAAGAUGAGGACAUGGAUGCCAAGAAGAAGAUGAAUGAGAUCAAACAAAACUUGGAGGAGAAGGAGCAGGAGUAUGAUGCUGUAGAAGCACUUCAUCAAGCGCUUGUGGUCAAGGAGCGGAGAAAUAAUGAUGAAGUGCAGGAGGCUCGCAAGGAGCUAGUCAAUGGAUUAUGGGAUUCAACAAGCCAGGGCAAUAAGACCCGUGUUAAUAUUGGUGUGAAGAGAAUGGGAGACCUUGACGUCAGACCAUUUCAGAUUGCUAUCAAGAGCCGAUAUUCCAAAGAAGAAGCGGAUGUGAAGACAUUGGAGGUAUGCUCUCUUUGGGAUAAAUAUCUUGCGGAUCCAAACUGGCAUCCAUUCAAGAUCAUUACUGAUAAAGAAGGGCGUCAUAAGGAGAUUAUAGAUGAAGAAGAUGAAAAACUGGCAAGUUUGAAGAAUGAGCUUGGUGAUGAAGUGUUCCAGGCAGUUGUCACUGCCUUGAUCGAACUGAAUGAGUAUAAUCCCAGUGGCAGGUAUUCAAUAAAAGAGCUAUGGAACUACAAAGAAGGGAGGAAGGCCACUCUGAAAGAGGGAGCAAGUUAUAUUCUGAAGCAGUGGAAACUGCUGAAGGGUCGGAGAAGAAACUGAAGGCAUUGUGGAUGGAGAGUGCUUCAAGAGCUUCGGUUUUGUGUUGUUGAACGACUGGCUGCUGUCGAGGUCUUUGCUCUUGCUUAACUUUUGUCGGAAGAAUAGAUGUAAACUUAGGACAUUUCUUUUGGUGGGAGACAGAGUUGGGAGUUCGCGAGAUAAGAACCGCUGUGUUAGUUAUGCCUUUAAUUGUUGUUGGAACAUACUAUUGUGCAUGGUCGCAUUUGGCCUCUCAUUGACCCCCGAAUUAGUUGGGGCCUAGAUCCCCCCAGAUUUACUAUGAAUGUUUUCUUAACCCUUUCAAUGUAUUUGUUAUCUUGGAUGGCACGGCAGACAUGGGAUCAUUUCCUGUUUGCUAUCAAGAUCUUCAGUUGUGCUUCUUCGGACCCCAUCCAAUGAAGCAAGAUUAGUCCAAUUUAAGUUU